AUGGUAAAGGGCGCGGAACAUGAUAUAUAUAUGGCCAGUCGGUUGGACAGUGGGCUAUUUAGCAUAUGGUUAUUGGCUGGUUGUUUGUUUGCUGUCGGUGGUGAGGAUCGGUAUGGACUGGUUAAACUGGUUGCAGCUUCCAAGAUUGCUCUGCUUGCAGUAGUCACUACGAUUUUCACUCUCAUCAGCUGUUCUCUUGCCGCUGAGGCUCCGGCGCCUGCUCCUGCUUCUUCCGCCGGAGAAUCUCUCCGUCUUUCGUCACCGGAUGCGCUGUCGCUGUUGUUGCUUUCCUUUUCGGAUCUGCACUCAAGAUCUGAAGGUCUCACCGUUCUAUGA